GGUGGAUGCUACUCAGGCAGCAGGGGCAGGGGAAGGAGGAGGAGGAGAUGGUGGUGGUGGUACGGCAGCUGGUGAGGGCGAGGUGGAGUCCCUGUGGAGGAGCGCGGAGGCGGGGUUGGGGAAGGAGGCGGAGGCGGUGCAGGAGGGGCGCGGAGCGGGCGUGAGGGAGGCGCCGGCGGGCCCCAUCGAGAUGGCCUCCCAGGGCUCCCAGGCGGCUGAGGCGGCGGGGGCUGCAGUAGCAGCAGCAACCUCCACCCCACCUCCUCCUCCUCCUCCUGCGACAGCCCCCGCCGCCUUCACAACAGCAUCAGCAGCAACCAUGGUGGAGGCAGCCGGCUCCACCUCCCUCCCCCCCGUCCCCCCCUCCCCCCUCCGCUCCGCCUCCCCCCUGCCCACCUCCUCCCCGCCCGCCUACCUGGCUGGGGCGGCCGCCGGGUGGCUGGCGCUGGGCCCGCCUGACUGCCAGCUGGCGGGUUGGGGGUGGAGCCUGCCGGCACACCGGGGGGUGCUGCAGGCCCGCUGCGAGCUGCUCCGCGCGCAGCUCCUGAGCGGCAUGCGGGACAGCCACACCACCCGCUACGUGGUUCCGGAGGCGGUGGAGCGGCGGGAGGCGGUGGAGGCAUUCCUGCACUACGUGUACCUGGACUGCCUGCCCCCGGGCGGAGUGGACUCGCACCUCAUGCCGCAGCUCAUCCAUGCCGGCAUCUACUACGGGUGCAACAGGCUGGUGCGGCUGUGUGAGUCGCUGCUAGCGCGGGAACUGGUGGCGGCAUCGGAGGCAGCCGCAGCAGCGGGAGGGGAGGAAGAAGGAGCAGCAGGGGGCAGCAGCAGCAGCGGCACGCAACUUAAGCAGGAGUCUGCUGCUGGUACUGACGGUGGUGCUGCACCCCCCCAUCCGCGUUCCUCCUCUGCGGUGUUGGCCGCUGCGGUUGCGGCUGCGGGGCCGCUGCUGGCGCUAGCGGAUGAGGGCGGGCUGGACCAGCUGCGGAGCGUGGCACUGCAGUUUAUCCUGGACCACUACCCUGCCGUGUCGGCCUCGGAGGGCUUCCGGCAGCUGCCCCCCCACCUGGUGGCGGCGGUGGCGGCGGAGGCGGUGGGUCGGUACCGGGGGCUGCUGGGGCAGCUGGAGAGGCUGGCGGA